AGAAUAUCGUUAUUGUUGUAUGAAUGUUAUAAUUAGUUUACUUUUCAUUAUACAAUAUAGUGUUUGAAGAAUUUUUAACCUGAGUAAAUUAAAAAUGAAAAAUAAUAUUAAAAUUGUUUUAAAGAAAAUCGUAGUACAGUUCAUUUGUUAAUGUGACGUAGGACCUUCAGCCCCACAGUGGUACCAAAGUACUACACCAUCUCCAAUAUCACUUAAUUUUAGAACAUUCGAAGUGCGUACAGCAAAAUGACGAGCUUGAUUCUUAAAGUGAAAACAAAAACGGGUCAACGUGUUCUUAAGGGCUUAACAUCUGACAGUACUAUAAAAGAACUGAAGCAAGAAUUAUCCGUUAUUUCGAAUAUACCUGUAAGCCGCUUAAUUAUUUUGUCGGGGUAUCCUCCCAAAAAGUUUGACCUCUCUGGUGACAGUAAGUUACUUGCAGAUUCAGGACUGUCUUCAGGUGAAAUAUUAAUUGUUGAAGAGUCUCAGGAACCAGUACAAGAAGUAAGUACAGAUCCUGAAAAUGAGAAUGAAGAAUGUAAAGAGAAGCUUAACAAUGAUCUUCCUGGAUUUCUUAUGAAGCAAAUAGUGCCUGCGGAUAAUUCGUGUUUAUUUACUAGUUUGAAUUUUGUAUUAAGUGGUAUUUUAAGAGAUUCAUCAGAAGUAGCACCCUAUAUGCGACAGAUUGUAUCACAUUCUGUGUUAAGUGAACCUGAUACAUAUUCAGAGGCUAUACUAGGAAAACCAAAUGAUGAAUAUGCCACUUGGAUAUUAAAUGAAAAGUCAUGGGGUGGAGCAAUAGAACUGUCAGUACUUGCCAAUUACUACGGAGUAGAAGUUGCUGUAGUAGAUACAGUUAAUGGAAUCAUAAAUAGAUUUGGAGAAGAUCAGAAAUUUCCACAUCGAGUGUUUUUAAUGUUUGAUGGCAUACAUUAUGAUCCACUUUACCUUGAAACAUCUCAGGGAGAGAAAAUACAAACAAUUUUCAGUGCUGAUGACGAAAGACUUCUGGAAGAGGCUUUACAACUUGGCAUUGAAGCAAAGUCCAGCAGACAAUUUACAGACGUAAACAAAUUUAUGCUGAAAUGUUUGGAAUGUAAUGUUUUUAUUAGUGGACAGGCCCAAGCCCAACAGCAUGCACAAAGUACUGGUCACACAAACUUUGGUGAAGUAUAACCCAAGUACCACGUUAAUACAAAAAAAUACCUCGCCACGGCUCAAUAUUCAGGACUCAAAGCUGCCCUGCUUUUAAAUUAUAAGAUAACGCAAUUCAUUUAGUUUACUGUCGAAUAUAUAAUUAAUAAAGAACGUAAUUAGAUAA